AGGGUUUUACACUCCAUUUCAUCCAGCCGAGAGAGAUAGUGUGUGAGAGAGGAAUCAGCGGCGGCGAGGAUGGUGAAGUUUUUGAAGCCAAACAAGGCUGUUAUCCUUCUUCAAGGCAAAUAUGCCGGCCGGAAAGCUGUGAUCGUAAGGGCAUUUGAUGAAGGAACAAGGGACAGGCCAUAUGGCCAUUGUUUGGUUGCAGGUAUCUCCAAGUACCCGAAGAAGGUGAUCCGCAAGGAUUCAGCAAAGAAGCAGGCGAAGAAAUCUCGUGUCAAGGCUUUCAUCAAGCUCGUGAACUACAACCACAUCAUGCCAACUCGUUACACACUCGAUGUGGAUCUGAAGGAUGUUGUCAAUGCUGAUGUUCUUCAGGCACGCGACAAGAAGGUGACCGCUGCAAAGGAGACCAAGGCUAGGCUUGAGGAGAGGUUCAAGACCGGGAAAAAUCGCUGGUUCUUUACUAAGCUUAGGUUCUGAGCGAAGAUUGAAUCCGAUUUUGAUGAAAUGGUAAUAUUCUUAGUAUUAAAGAGUUUUGAGGGAUGUUGUUUUUGUUAUCAAAGAUACUGUUAGGCUGUUUUUUUGUGUUUGAACUAUUUUAUUGAUGGAUAAUUCCUGGCUCUUGUUUUAGUUAUCUACAAUUUUAUAAUGGUUUGUUUCUAGUA